AUGAAAGAAAAAGAAAAAUAGAAUAUUGAUUAAGUGGAAGAAAUGAGUGUUUUUAAAGAUUAAUAUGAAGUUUAAAAUAAAGAAAAUUAAAUUAAUGAUUUAAAACUGAAUAUUGAAUAAUAUUUAAAAUUGAUGGCUAUUUCUUAUUUUGAUUAAAGAGAAUAAUAAUAGAUAUAAGAUCUUAAAUAGAAAACAGAAAUGAUUGAAGUAUUAAAGGGAGAAUUAGAAAAAACUAGAAGCAUAAAGUAAAAUAUAUAAGAAGAUAUUCUAAAGAAUAAUAUUUAAAAUGCAUAAUUACAGGCUAUAAUAUAUAGAAUAUAAAUGGGGAAUUGAAUUAAGCAAAAUAAGAAUAAGCACAUUUAAUUGAUAUGUUAAAGAAAAGAAAGGAAGAAAUUGAAUAAUUAAAUUUAGGAUUAGAAGAAGCAUAAAUUAAAAAGAACUCUGUUGAAGAUAGUAGAAGUAUUUAUUUAUUCAGAAUUUAUGAUCAUAACUAAGAUAAUAAGAUUUAUAAGUUUUAUUAGAAAAUUUGUAAAAAGAUAAUUUAAGAUUGACUUAUAAAAUUAAUGCUUUAAAUAAUGAAUUAUCAAGAUAAUAAAGAGAACAUUAAGAAAAAUAAGAAGAAUAUUCAAUUUUAAAUAGGAAAUAUAAUGAAACUAUAUAAAAUUUAGAAAGAUUAGAAAAGAGAUGGGGAGAAAAAAUAGAAUAACAUAAAAAAAUUGAUUAGUUAAAUUAAUAGUUAUAAUUAUAUACCAAUCUUAGAAAGUGA